GGGAGGUGUCGACCGCGGGGAGGGACGGCAGUGUACCGCCAGACUCCAUCUUGCGUGCGCGUGAGUGUUUCUGUGAGUGUUGUGACAAUUCAUGUUCCAUCCAGGAUGACGGAUUACGAGCGCAUCAAGCAGACUUGCCUGGAAAAGGGGGAGCUCUGGGAGGACCCCGACUUCCCCGCUAGCCCAUACUCAGUGUUCUACCACCAGAUUCCCCCUUUUCAUUUCGAGUGGAAGCGGUCGAAGGAAAUUUACCAGAAUCCAUCGUUUAUACACGAUAGAAACGAAGUGUUUGACGUCAUACCCGGUAAAUUAGGUGACAAAUGGAUGAUUUCCUGUUUGGGCGUCCUGUACCUUACAAAGGGUCUUUUCUACAGAGUCGUUCCCGCCGACCAGAGAGUCGACGAAGCCUACGCUGGCGUUUUUAGGUUUCGUCUAUGGUGGUGUGGACAAUGGCUAGAAGUGCUCGUGGACGAUCGCUUGCCAACCGUGAACGGCAAACUUGCAUUCCUACAGAGCAAUCACACGGAACAGAUGUGGCCAGCACUACUGGAAAAGGCUUAUGCUAAAUUGCACGGAUCCUACGAGGCUCUAAAAUACGGGAGCUUACUUGACGGGCUGGCGGACCUCACGGGGGGCAUCACCGAGUCGCUGCAGAUGACCGAACUGACUGAUGCCGAGACCCUGAGGAGUUUGUUAAAAAACACCAGUCUCGUUACUGCACACCAUGUGGCUACUGCCCCUGAAGAUAAAAUUCCCGAGCUUCAAUCCGAAAUGAAUUACGUUGUAUUGAACGUGGAACAGGUGGAAAGCACCAAAGGUCUAGUACACGUCGUGCGUGUACUUCGGCCGCUCGGCAUAGGAGAAGUUCCCGUGCCCUACAUAGUAUUGAACCCAGAUUCCUGGCAAACUAUCCCUCAGCAAGAAAGAGACCGCUUUAUCUCAACACCCAAAGGCAUAUGGAUGUUGUUCUCGGAAUUUCAACGCGUUUUCACACGCAUCGAAGUAGUGCACUUGGACUCAGAGACCUGUAGAGCAGAACCAUUUUUAGCUGACAAAUCAAAGUGGCAGAUGAAGAUGCACCAAGGUGCCUGGAAGAGAGGAGUCUCGGCUGGAGGAUGUCGGAACUACACGAAUUUUUUUCACACCAACCCACAAAUCCAAAUAGUCCUAACAGAACCGGAUACUGUCAUCAUAUCUCUCAACCAGCACUGUACUAUGGAACCCAAAGUCAUCGGCUUCAGCAUUUUCAAAAUUCCUGCACCUUUGAACGAGACUGCAAGAGCCUUAUUUUUCAGAAAAGUGAAAAGUACCAUAAAUUCUCAAUACACAAAUAGUCGACAAGUUACUCACAGAUCACGGCUAGAAGCAAGUGCCUUCAUAAUUAUGCCUACAACAUUUGAGCCACGCGAUGAAGCUAACUUCACUUUAAGAGUAUUCUCAAGCAAACCGAUCAAGAUGAAGUUGCUGGACAAUCCGCCGCAGAUGACGAAAACUGCUAUAGUAAAGGCUCUCCCGGUAGUAAAAGUGAAUAGCUUUAAGCAAUACGAAGCUAUAUUCCUCCAAUUGGCUGAUGAACAUAAGUCGAUAGACCCGUUUGAACUGCAAGAACUGCUUGACGCGUGUCUCCCUAAUGACUACAUCAAGAGUUGCGCUUCUAUAGACACGUGCAGACAGAUCGUUUUAUCGUUAGAUAAAAAAGGCACAGGUCGAAUAACGCUAUCUGACUUCAAAGACCUCAUGUGUAGUUUGAAGCACUGGCAGCUCGUGUUCAGGACGCACGCUCUAGAAAAGAUGGGUGUCCUGAGGGCUGAGAGGUUUCGUGACGCCCUCCGUGACGUCGGUUUCAUAGUACCCGAGAAAGUGAUGAACCUCCUUGUUCUGAGGUAUAUGAGAAAAGACGGCAUGCUCAGGUUCGGUGACUUCGUUUCGGCUGUGAUGCAUCUACAUCGUGCGUUUGAAAUAUACCACAGAAGCAACAGCCUACGAACGGAAGGCGUUCAAAUGAAUUUAACAGAGUGGCUGAAGAAUGCUUUUAUGUGUUAAGAAUUCAAGACUGGAAGUGCUAGCGGUAAUGCAGAAAGGAAGGAAUAGGUGUACUAAUGUUGUAUAACUUUGCGUGUUGUGAUUACGUUAUAUUUUUGGACGUAUUUUAUAACCAGUGUUUCGGCUAUUAUUCCGAUUACCUCUUAGUUUGUACUACAACCAUCAGUCGAUAAUACUUAGGUUAAGUAUUUAGGCACCUAAAAUCAUUAUGGGACCAUAGACGGUGGCUGACUUAGUAAUUUAGAAGGCAAUGCAGAUUUUUAGAGGAGACUAAAGCUCAUAAAAGAUGUUUGUUUACAUAGUAGCCAUUAAUAACUAAGUAGCUCACUACUGGGUUGUGAUACGAUUUCAGGAAAACGAAGAACCGUUUCCACCACUAAUCAUUAAAUGUUUAGCGCUUAAAUGUAAUUUAAAAGUAUAGUGAAAUAGUAAACAUUAGGUACUGAUAAAUAGGUGCCUGAGACAACAUGCUGGUUCGUACAUAGGUCGACGAUGGCACAGACAGUUUAUGUAGCGGUACUUUCUACAUAUUCUCUAUUUAAGUAAGCACUAAAGCAGCCACACUCAACCUUUCUCAAUUUUAAAUUUUUGGCGGGGCCACAUGGACCAUAGACAAAUCAAAGAAGACGCGCAGGUCGCAAAAAAAUUGGUGAAAAAAAACCGACGAAGUUGGAAUCGCGCACGAGGGGUUCGAGUACUAUACAUCGAAGCACAGACCAGUACAUAAAUGAAGGGCGCGAUUAUUUUUUUGGUCGUUUCAAAUCCCCCUUUCACCCUUUGAUGUUUUGUAUCUGGGGCUGAUCCAGGUGGGUCAAUCACAAAGGCUCGGCAGGUCGCAGGAUGAGUAUGGCUGCACUAACAGUAGACAAUCUUGAUAGAACUUUUUACACAAACACCUACAUAUAAAACAAAUAAAUUAAGUACCUACCUACUGCUUAAAGUAAUGCUCCAAUUAAUAUCUGUAUCUUUGUAUUAGGUUUUUAAAUUCACAUUUACCUUUUAUAAACUUUUCUGUAAAAAUAUUUAUAUGGAGAUAAAAUAACUAUUAAGUUGAUAUACCUACUCUUAGGGAACCCACACAAAACUGCGAUGCGAUGCGGCCUAGGAAACAUGUGUCUUAUAAGGAGGAGCCACUGAACACUAAACUAAGAAGAAAUAAUAAAUGGUGUUAGACAAGCGACGUAUAUAAACUCUUUUGCAAAAAAAAAUCUACUAACAUAUUCCAAUCAUUAAAACCAUUUGAAGCAAACAUAAAGUUCUAAGAACUUUUUUUGCACCAGAGUGUAUUUAAUUUUUCUAUUUAAUAAUUAAUUAUCUUGAUAAUGCAUGAUUGAACCAAAAUAAAUUUGUUCAACGUUCAAAUUAAUUUAUUCAAUACGAUAUCAGAGGUCCAUUGUUAAUAACCAGCCGUUUUCCCGCGGUUUCACCCACGUCCCACGAGAAAUACCUUCUGUACCGGGAUAAAAUAUAGCCUUACUCAGGAAGAAGAACUUUCGAACAGCGAAAAAUGUAUUCAAAGCACUUAUUCCGCAGUGCACUAAAGUUUGUUUUGUGUGGGCGCCCUAAUAUAAAGUUCAUCGAACACGAGUAGCAAUUUUCCAUACCUAGCUUAUGAACACAAAAUAUACCUAAGCUGUAAUGAUCUCGCUUAACUCAAAAUAAUAAUUAGCCUUUUUAAAUUUAGGUGUAAAUAAUAGAAUCGUAAAUCCACCGGCUUGGUACUUGCAUAAGUUAGGAAUUAGUGUAGGUUCCUACAUAAUUGAUUUCGAAACACGGAAAUUGAAAUGUACGUACCUAUUUUUUGGUUUUGUUUUCAUUGCAUGUAAGUGAAAUACCUAUAUCUGGUUGACGAAUAAAGUGAUUUGUAUAAAACCUA